GUUCUGUGAUGAGACCCCGUUUGAAGGGGAAGAAUAUAGACUUUCUGGAGCUUACCAAUGAAGAAGAAAUAGAAGAUUUGUAGAUGUUACCCCGAUAGUUUUAAAGGUGCUGUUCCAAGUCCAAACUAGGAAUGCUGUUUGAAUUUGCAAUUUGAUCGGAACUCGCGUGGACAUAAAGUCUGGAAGUGCCUCAUCACGACCAACAUCUCUUGCCUGGUACUGGUCACUGCAACACUUCUUGAUUCAAGUACUCGCGACGAACAUCCAUGCACGAUGAAGGAUACACCGACGAGGAUAGCUGGCAGUCAACUGCCGCCCCACUUUCCAAAGAUGCCGAAUCACUGUUGUCAGGGAUGUCGAUGAACUCCGUGCAAGAGUGCGAAGAGCUGGCAUAUCGACUAUUGGCGUCUUUGCCGAGGUCUCGUCUCGCCACCAUCCAAAGGCGGCUGGCCCCAUUAUUGCAGUUUGAUGUAGUCGGUUCUCUACCCACAGAAGUAUCUCUGCAGAUAUUCUCACAUCUAUCUGCGGAAGCCCUCUUAGCCUGUGCUUUGGUCUGUCGACGGUGGCAAACAUUGGCCAAUGACCAGUCUCUAUGGAAGAAUCUGUGUUUAUCCCGUGGAUGGCAGUGGCGACAACCACGGAGAACUCGCGCUUUUGAUACUUCCAAAGGUUCUGAGGCAUGGCAGGACUCUGAUGACGAGGGCAUGGGCGACUCGGACGAGGAAGCCGAUGAAGACGAAGUGGCAGAUUCGUUGAUGUCAGAUGUAGAAACAGCUCGUGUGGAAUCAUCAGUGAUGCAUUCAGAGCAGGAUUCUGGAUUUGCCUCCAUGUCUUUCGGUGGUAACGCCCUUCCAUUUGAAGUCUCCACGAACGGUAAAAGCGAGAGUGUGUAUCCCCGGGCCGGCGAAAGCUCUUCUGCAAAGUCUCGCAUCCCCUUUCGCCACUCCGCGCCGCCUGUCCUAAAUGCACUUGGGCCGUCCUUGUUUCUAAAAGCCGACUACAAACUCCUCCACCAAACUCACGUUCGGCUUCACAAUCGUGUUUUAUCCCCGUCCUACCGACUCUCUGCACUGCAAACGCGCGGGGCACCUGCGAAUUCUCACACGAACACUAUCUACUGUUUACAACUCUACACUUAUCCUUCCACCGGCGUCCAAGUUCUGUUUACCGGGUCUCGGGAUAAGACUGUUCGAGAAUGGAAUUUAUCAACUGGUUUGGUAGAAAGAGUCAUUGGCGAGGUUCAUUCGAGUUCUGUGCUCAGUAUCUGCGUAUAUAAUGGCCUCCUUGCCAGUGCUGGUAGCGAUCGCAGGGUGGUCGUGUGGGAUCUGGAGAAGAACGAGCUAGUCAAGGUGAUCUCUGACCAUGAAGACAGUGUGUUGUGUGUACGCUUCGACGAUGAACGGCUAGUUUCCUGUUCCAAAGACCGUUACGUGAGGACUUAUAGCUUCCCGGACCUUGAACCAGAAUUCAGACUCGGUGCCCAUCGAGCUGCAGUUAAUGCAGUUUCCAUUUCUCAGACACUUAUCGUCUCCGGGUCUGGAGAUCGGUCCGUACGACUCUGGGAUACGAAAACAGGCAGCCUUUUACGGACGUUUGAAAAUCACCACACCCGAGGGAUUGCUUCAAUCGACUCCAAACUGCCGUAUGUAUUGUCGGGUUCUUCGGAUAAACAUCUUCGUCUCUUCGAUAUCACGACCUUGCAAGGGUGGUCUACGUCGCCUGAUGUCUCGUUGGAAGGAAAUGCCCCAGCGACUAAUACGCCAUUGACAACGUCAUUUCCUCUACAGAACGGUCAAGUCGGAACUCAUGUUUGCAGGAGCUGUGGGAGCACGAAUGUUCAGCCAGCGGCGACUUCGUCUCAUGCAGAGACAAGAUGCAUGCAUGGUGACUUGGUGAGGAGCGUGGCCUUGGGGGAUAACUUUGUAAUGAGUGGAAGUUAUGACUUGACUAUCAAGGUUUGGGACCGUAAGACCGGUGCCCUGGUGGCUGAUCUCAGCGGAGGACAUACUGGACGAAUAUUCUGCAUCGGUUUCGACUGCACGAAGAUCGUUUCCUGCGGUGAAGAUCAGCGUAUUUGCAUAUGGGACUUUUCGCAUGGCAUAGAUACGAGUUUUAUACAGCUUUAAAUAACGGACGUGAAUUUAUGUAGGGGUAGGAAUAUACUGACGCUUGUGUAGACGCUCAGCAACAUGGAACCUGACGAGAUGUCAAUGCGCAUCAUGUAAAUUUUCGAAACAUCAGUUGAAUCGUCCAAGCCUCACAGAUCGAUAAUGCUAGAAGUGUGGCCAAGGGCUUAACACAUAGCGGCAAUAGUACAACCAAUUGGCUCCAGGUCCUAUGAUACACGUUCUUCAAUUCUUCUUUUCCUCGGCAUCCACGUCCCUCUUCUUGAUGGUUACGAAACCCGGUUGACCCGCGGGAGCUGCCUCGAUUACGCCAGGAACUUUAUGUUUAGUUUCGGGACUGAGUUCUCUCCUCAAUUCGCGAGUGAGUUCGAGGUCAUGGGACAAGAAUCCAUGACCGGCGACAGGUCCGUAAUACGAAGUUCCGGCAAGUGAACCGAUGAUGC